ACAGAUAUUUAGCCUAGAGAAUAAAGCCUAAGACCUAUAAAAGGGCUAGGACCUAACCGUUGUAUACAUAAGUGACUCGACUUCCUCCAACUGUACCGUUUCCUUCAUUUAUACAAAAUGAUCAAGCUGGCAAUCCUUCUCGCCGUCGUGGCCUUCGCGCACUGUGGAUUAAUCGCACCCGUAGUGCCAGUAGCGCACCCUGUGGUGGCGCACCACGUAGCCCCGGUAGUGGCGCACCCCGUGGUGUCUCACUCCGCAGUGGUGCACCCGGCGCCUAUAGUUCACGCGCCCUUGGUUCACGCGCCCAUUGUCCACGCGCCCGUGGUCCCCGUGGUCAAGCAUGUCGUGCCCGUGGUCAAACAUGCGCCCAUCAUUGCUGUGCACCAUUAAAUCGAUUGGGGAUGUUGUGAUAUUAUUGUGAUAAUAAAUAUAUAUUUUUUU